AUGAAAUUCGGCAUCAAAUCCAUCCCGGCCAUCGCUGGGCUGCUUGGGCUUGGACUUGUCCAAGCUACAAGUGAUGAUGUUCAGCAAAUCGCCAUCAUCGGAGCCGGUGCUGGCGGCGCAUCUACUGCGUAUUUCCUUCAUCAAUUCGCAGAGGAAGCCGGCGUCAAGCUGAAUGUCACACUCUUCGAGAAAACGGACCACAUCGGGGGCCGGACCCGCACCAUCAACCCAUUCAAUGACCCGACGCAACGCGUAGAGCAAGGGGCCAGCAUUUUCGUCCAAGUGAACCAGAUCAUGUACAAUGCGAUGACCGAAUUUGGCCUUGCUACGACCGGGAGAGAUUCCGAUGCAGGGACUACGGUGGGGAUUUGGGACGGGAACAACCUUGUGUUCACCAUCGACCAGAGCUCGCCAUCUUGGUGGAACACCGUGAAGGUUAUCCGCCGGUACGGGCUGGUCGGUCCGCGAAAGGCCAAACAGCUAACCGCCGAAGUCAUUGGGAAAUUCCUUCGCAUCUAUGACUCUGAGUUCUUCCCGUUCGAAUCGCUCACCCAGCGGGCCCAGCAGCUCGGGUUGGUUGAGGUGACCAAACUCACUGGUCAAGAACUUCUUGAUAACAACGGCGCCGGUGGUCUUUAUGCUCAUGACCUGAUCCAGGCCAGCACGCGGGUCAAUUACGCCUCAAACCUCCCCAAUCUCCACGGCCUCACCACCAUGGUUUCUUUGGCUGCUGAAGGCGCCGUGGCUAUUGAAGGCGGCAAUUGGCAGAUUUUCCACGAGAUGGCCCGUAGGUCUGGCGCGCGGUUGGCUCUCAACACCACGGUCGCCAAGAUUGACAAGACCCCCGCCGGGAAGUACACCGUGCAAACAAAGUUCACAAACACCCAUGGCAAACCCACGACCCAAUCCGACACCUUUGACAACGUGGUGGUAGCCGGGCCGUUCCAGUUCACCGGUAUCACAGCCGGCAAGGGUGUUUUCGAAAAGCCACUCGAAAAGAUCGACUAUGUCAAGCUGCACGUCACUAUCUUCUCAUCGGCAUCCCUUCCAAGCCCCCGCUACUUCAACCUCGCCGACUCGGCAACGGCCCCAGCAAUGAUUUUGACGACCUUGGCUGAGGGUGAUGGGCCGGAUUCUGGUGUGGAAGGGGUUGGGACGCCGGGUUUCUACAGCUUAAGCGUCAUUUCCACGGCAAUCAACCCAGAGACAAAGCAAAAGGAAAAUGUCUACAAGAUCUUCUCUCCUGACGCGGUCACCCCUGAAUUACUAAGCCGCCUCUUCGGAGCCGACGUUCCAUCUGGCGUGACUGGCGAGGACAGCCCGAUCUCGUGGUACGUCCCGCACGUAUUUCACUCCUAUCCCAAGACGUCACCCCGAACCACUUUCGAAGACCCCAUCGUUGGUUCGGGUGUUUAUUACACAUCGGGCAUGGAGAGUUUUAUCUCUACGAUGGAGACCAAUGCUCUCGCCGGCAAAAACAUUGCCCGCCUGAUUAUCGACAACAUACAAGCGACCCCUAUAGGGCCGGUGGAGCUUAAGUUGCAAAAAGCCAAGCUGCCUCCUUCGUCGUGUGGUCUGACGACAAAGCGAUUCAAGGCGGCAGGCACAAGCGGUCACCCCAUUCUUAUCCUUUUUACUCUGCGCAUUCCCAUCUCGGCGCUUGCCCCUUGGGUUGCAAUUUCCACAUCUUUUUCCGGCAAGAAACUACAACGAAGCAAAAUGUUUAUGCUCAGGAAUGUCGGAAAGCUACUCUUCGGCUCCAGCAACCAGGAGUCGAUGAUAGAGCUGCCACAAGGCCAACUUUACCUCGUCCGACCGCUGUCGCCCAAAGGGUAUUCCGAGCUUAUCUUCAAGGACGCCUCCGCCCGAAUCCGACGCACCGCGCAAGAUUUCCAAUAUCAACUCGUAGUCCAGCGAGUCUACGAAGAGGGAGAAGCGGAGCUGCUCGCCGAAGAAGAGGGUGACGACGCCGAAGCGGACGCGGACAUUCUUGCAGGCGAGCGAGACGAGAAGACUUUUCUGCUCGACGAGGCCCUCCAUUUCCGUGUGGAGAACCGCCAAGAAAGCGAACGGGUUUUGGCUUGGCGCGAUCUCAGCGGCGACGCGGGCGACGUCUACGAAUUCGUCUGCGACCCCGCCAUCUUGCCAGCGCAGGUCGAGCAAUUCGACCAAGUUGCGAAACGGUGCCAAUACGAACGCAAGUACCGGAAACCACACACGACAGCCAGCGAAGAAGACCUACAGCAGUUCGAGUUCGACGAGCAACCCAUUCCGCAGGCCAGCCCCCUCCACAGCCCAACCGUUGUGAGAGCACUCGACAUGUCCGACUCGAUGUCGCUUGGACAGGCUACCGCGAAUACCAGCGUGAAGCGCGAGGCGCUUCCCGAUCCUGACACCACGCCGACAAAGAAGGGCAAAGAAAGGGACAUGAAGCCACCUGCCGUAGGAGAUCAUCCUGAAGCCCGCGAAAUCUUGGCCGGGGAGGUUGCGGAGCUCCAUUUCUUCGACUUCCCGUCAGGGGCAUUCGUUCUCCAGGAUGCGUCCGUCACGGCGACGGUAACCGAGACCGGCGAUUGGCAAUACUGGCUCCAGAUCAAGAGCUCCGAUCGGGACUGGCUAGGAAUUCCAGUGGUUGCAGACAUCAACCCGGUCUUCAACUUCGAGUUCCUGUCCUUUAUCUUCAAUCAAUUUUCCGACAAUGGCUCUGCUUACUCAUGGCUUCUUCGGUUCAAGGACCACGCCACGCUCGAGCGGUUCCAAGCCGGCCUCUUGCAGGCACUUUGGGAACAACUGAACGAGACGAAAUGGUCGAAGAUCAAGGACAAGGAUCGGGACUACGUGGCGGAUGCCUUCAACGAUUUGACGAUGGAGGAUUCCGAUCAGCCCUACGAAGAAGAGGAGGAAGAAGUUUUCGAGGAGGAGCCCGAGGACGAUGAUGACCGGGCACAAGCCGAGCAUUAUGACAGCGACGAGGAGGCAGAUGACGUUGACUACAAACCGAAGGACUCCGAUGUCAACAAACAGCUUGCCGUUGGUUACAAGCACGACCGGUCGUUUGUGGUGCGCGGGUCGAAGAUCGGAGUGUUCAAACACACCCCCAACAACCACCUUGAGUUCAGCACCAACAUUUCCAAGGUUGAGACGCCCGAUGGCAAACUCUUCUCUCCUAAGAAGGUCAUGCUCCACAAUGAGGACCGGAACCUCAUUCUGCAAAAGGACUCGGAUCCCAACAAGCUAUUCCGCAUGGACCUUGAAUAUGGCAAGGUAGUGGACGAGUGGAAGAUCCACGAGGACAUCCCAGUCAUCACUUUUGCUCCGGAGAACAAGUUUGCGCAGAUGACGCACGAGCCAACGUUCCUAGGCAUCAGCAGGAACGCCCUCUAUCGUGUGGACCCGCGUCUUUCCGGUAGCAAACUCGUCGAUGCUCAGCUCAAGCAAUACACGAGCAAGAAUGACUUCUCAGCCCUUGCUACGACCGAGAAAGGAUACAUUGCCGUCGCCUCAAACAAGGGCGACGUCCGACUCUUUGACCGUUUGGGUAUCAACGCCAAGACACACAUUCCCGCUCUGGGCGAGCCGAUCAUCGGUCUCGACGUCUCGGCUGACGGCCGCUGGGUGCUCGCCACUUGCAAAACCUACCUACUUCUCAUUGACGCGCUCCAAAAGUCUGGCAAGAACGAGGGCAAGCUCGGCUUUGAGAAGCCGUUUGCGGCCGACGACAAACCACAGCCGCGCCGGCUCGCACUCACACCCGAACACGUCGCGCAAUUCGCCUACGAGACUAGCAAGGGGGUCGACUUCACGCCGGCCAAGUUCAACACGGGUGAGGGCGCCGAGGAGACGAGCAUCAUUACUGCGACAGGUCCGUACAUUAUUGAGUGGAGCCUUAGGAAGGUCCUCAGCGGGCGCAAAGCGCCGUACUUGAUCAAGCGGUACACAGACGACGUGAAGGCAGAUGACUUCAAAUUCGGCACUGACAAGAAUGUCAUUGUGGCGCUGCCACAUGAGGUCAACAUGGUCAACCAUGCCCGUUUGAAGCGGCCCACGAGGGAGAGUAUUGCGGGCGAAUUUGGAAUUGCGGGCCGCGCGGCCGCAGGGAGAAUUGGUACCCCGGGGAGUGGGCGAUAUAAGUUGGGGAAGGACGAUGUGGUUAAGGAGGCAUUCUAG